GCUAACUUGAAAAGCUGCCUGCUACUUCAACUUGAUUUGCUGAGACAGUAAAGUUGAGAAAGUGAUGUGCGCAGACCUUGCGCGUUAUAAACGCCGCCUUGCGGUUGUUUCUGCAAUGAAACUUGUCUGAUAUGGCAUGGCAUGGGUAAUCAUAAGACUACCUACUACUUGCCAAUUUGAUAAAGCCCAAGGUGACCGAUCCUUUGUGUAAAACACACAGAACGUCUGGGUGACAAGUGGAUACUGCUCUGAGGGCAGUGCUGGAGACACUCUAAUAUGCGGACUUUCUGGCUACACAUGUGAAGGUGAAAUGAUUUCUUUACUUCAAAGGCUGGCUCCUAUAUUUUAUUUUUUAACAUUGUUGCUUCUGGAUCCUUUUGAUGAACAUGUCUGAAGUGUAAUUCUGCUCUGAAGGUUCUAAACGAAAACUGCAAAAUUUGCGUACAUUUACUGCCAAAGGUUCAAGCUAUUUUUCCUAUACCCCUAAGAUGGCACGUCGAUGUAGCUUUGAGUCCCUGGAGGACCAGCUCCUGUGUCCUAUCUGCCUGGAGGUGUUUGUGGAGCCACUGAUGCUAAAAUGUGGUCAUUCCUAUUGCAAAUCCUGCAUAAGUUCCCUGGCUGUUGAUCCGUUCAGCCAGUUCCCAUGUCCUGUGUGCCGUUGUGAAGUGGACUGGAGCAGUUCCCCACCCAAUGUGUCUUUAGCCAGGAUUGUGGAAGCUCUCAGGGAACUGAAUGGUGGCAGCUCAGAGGCUGAGACCUGUGUGGAACACCAUAACCCACUCAGCUUGUACUGUGAACAAGACAAGGAGGUCAUCUGUGGUUUGUGUGGCAGCAUUGGAGCACACAGGAGCCACAAAAUCACCCCUAUCACAAGUGUAUAUAGCAGGAUGAAGGAGGAUCUGUCCACUUUGAUGACUGAAAUUCAGACACAGAAGAGAAAGCUGGAAGGGCAGAUUUGUAAAAUGGCAUAUAACAAAUCACGAAUUACGAAUGAGUCAGAUGUCUUCAAGUGGGUCAUUCAUAAAGAAUUUGGUGAGCUGCGACACUACAUUGAGGAAGAGGAGUCCAACUUUGUGCAAAUGGUGGAGCUAAAGGCAAAUGCCCUGAUUAGCACAAUUGAACAGCAAGUUGCAGACAUGACUCAAACACUGGGCAAGUUUCAGGAGAUCCAGAGCACUUUGGAGCAGUUGAACAAUGAGAAUCACCUCAACUUCAUCAGGAAGUAUGGCUGUAUCGUUCUUAGGUGUAGAGAAGCACAACAACAACAGCAGACAGCCAUUGUGGUGUACAGUGCAAUUUCUUUUAAGCCAGGCUUCCACAAUGAUGACAUCAAAAUGACUGUGUGGAAGAGACUUCACCGGAGAGUACUGCCAGCCCCUGAGAUCCUGAAGCUUGACCCCCUGACAGCACACCCAAUGCUAAAACUGAGCCGUGACAACACAGCGGUGGAGUGUGGCAUCCUGGUCAACAGGGUGCCCAAUAAUAUGGAACGUUUCAGCUACAGUUACUGUGUUCUAGCAAACCGAGGCUUUUCUUCUGGUAAGCACUACUGGGAAAUAAUUGUUGGAGAGAAGAUAAAGUGGAGGCUAGGCCUCAUUAAGGGGACCACAAGUCGCAAGGGCAAACUUCCCAAGAACCCAGACAGCGGAGUGUGGCUAAUAGGACUGAAGGAAGGCCGUCUGUAUGAAGCUUUUGCCAACACUCGCAUACCAAUUCCUGUGACAUCUAGGCCAAGCAAGAUUGGAAUCUUCCUGGAUUAUGAGAAAGGUGAACUGACUUUUUACGAUGCAGACAGUGACAAUGAGCUUGGCUUCAUCUACAGUUUCCAGGCAGAGUUGCAGGGAAAGGUAUAUCCUCUCUUUGAUACUUGCUGGCAUGAAAGGGGAACAAAUACUCUUCCCCUUAUUCUAUGCCAUUCUAAUAAAAAGACUUCCUGAGGUAAAAGUUUAGAAAACCACAGAAGAUAAAAUGUAAAGAUAUACUUGGGUUUUUUUUUUUUAUUAGGAAAGCCUGUGGCCUGCUUAACAGAGAUCAGUCAUUAGUCCGAUGAACAAAUUACUUGUGGCUAUAAAAUGAUUCAUUUAACAACACUUUGAGACCAUAAUGGUCUCAAAAGUCUUAAUCUGUAAAUCCUAGCAGGUACAGUUUUAAUUAAUAGCCCCCACAUCUAUAGGUGAGCACUUGGGAUAAAAUGUGUAAAUUUCCUAAAUGUUCAAAAUAUGAAUCUGAAAGUAAUUUGUAUGUACAUGGAUACUGGAAAAUAGCAUAUGAUGAUCUGCAAAGGAAAUGAAGUAUAUAGUAUUAUUGAGAACUCUAUACUAUACAUAUUUGAAAUGACUAACAUAAAACUGGCCUUAUGGCUAUGGAGUAACAAGAGCAAAAGCUUGUAUGUAGUCUCCCUUCUGCGUAACUAACAUAAAGGUGUAAUUCAAAUCCAAAAUGUAAGGUCAGAUGAUUCACUGUUAAAUGUUUUUCAGACUACACAUGCCACUUCUUUGCAUUUUAACUCACUAGGCCCCACUACCUGUUUUCAUAUCCCCACAUACAGCAUUUUAAAGGAAUUAACACAAGUAGGGCCAAAAAAGUUUUCAGAAUAAUAUUUUAGUUUUGAAGGCCUUUAGGAUGAC